AUGAGUGAAAUUGUGGCCAAAGAAGAGGAGGAGAGUUGGGUUCUGGACUCUUUGGUGGGCUUCUUGAGAGGUCCCGUUUGGAACCUCACCAUUCAGUCGUUCAUUGAGAACAAGUCCGUCGGUAAGUCUUCUUCUGUGCUGUUCUGUGAAUUGAAAGCCGAUUCUGUUUGCGAAGUGUUCGAAGACAACGCUCCGGAAGAAUGCGUUCGCGAAUAUGACGUCAUAUUCCAGGACUACAAGCGAUUGGUCGACAGAUUAUUGUCUUCUUAUUCUUCGGAUUUAGGGAUCUCUUCGCAAGAAUUCGAUUCGGCGCUAAAUCGCGGGCUUUUGUCCUCAAAAUUACGACAAAUGCUUUUCGAACAGAUCUUCGCUUCGAAUGAUUUCACGAUUUUCGUCCGUUUUAUGACUCAAAGGAAUAUUGAAUUGCAAUUACAAGCGAUAGAAGUUUUGGCGCAAAAAUUCGGUUUAGUUUUCGAUUCUUUCGUUCCUUUCGGACAAAACAAAGAAGACUUUCUGAACGAAGACAAGGUUUUCAAAGAAGCCAUUCGGCGCUCUCUCGAAGAAGACAACGACGGGGAGGGAAUGGCGGACCGGAAGUCGCUGUCGGAACAGAAACAGCGUUUGGAAGCCGAACGCGAAAUACAACAGCAGAAACUGUCGGAAGCCAUCCAAACGGCAAUCACCGAAGAGGAGGACAGGGAGGAGAAGGAGGAGACUGUGGGCGUGGAGGAGGCGGAGGUGGAGCGGCCGGAAGUGCUGAUUCGCGAAGAGUUAAAGAGCGAGGGAUUAGUGAGAGAAGAGUCGGGAUUAAAUGGCGACGAAAUGCGCAAAAGAAGCGAAUAUUUGCGAAAACAAAGGGACAAACUUUUGGCGCAUAAAAAGCAAGAAAGAGAGAAACAAAUGCUGAAAAUCGAGGGCCAGGAGGAACGGGCGCUCAGACCGAAGUCCGCGCGCGUCGUCCGAGCCGUGGCGUCGGGCGAAGACGUGGACGCGAGCGAAGACCAGUCGCUGGCGUUUCGGCGAUCGCUGGCCGCGAGACUCAAGAAAGAAGUGAUCGAACAACAAAAACAUUGAAAAACGAGAAAUA